AUGGACGACGAGGCUGUCUCUUCGUCAGAGGUGACACCUGUCACGUCGAGCGACGGCACGCUGCGAGAUUUGAAGUCGCCAAACUGCGAAAUUCUCAAAUGUCGCGAGGAAGGCACGCGUAACGCGAUCGAUCUUGAAGAUGUAUCCACGACCGAGACGUCGGAUGGCGAGGAGGAAGAGGAGGAGGAGGAGGAGGAGAAGGAGAACGAGAACACAUUCGAGCAACCGGCGACUCGUCUCGGACUCGUCACGGAUGCUGGAUCGUCCGUCGACUGCGAGAGAGAAUUGGCGUACGGCACAGCCUCGCCUCCAGAGUCGAUUUCGCGGCUUCGUUCUGAGAUGAAAAAUCUACCACUCGGCAGAUCUGCCCUUUAUGAGCGUAUCCGAAGACUCCGCUCGGAGAUGACGAGUCUUCGCAAGGAACUCAGCCGGGAGAUGGCUCUUUGGCGAAGAGAGAAGGAGGAAUACCAGUCCUUGCGCGAGCGAAGCGAUGCUCUCGCGUUCGAGGAGGCAACGGCAGCCGCGCGCGCUGCGGCCGCAGCUUACACCAUCGAGUCGCCGCUCUCGAAUGAUCCAAGUCAACCUGUGGACGUCACGGCCGAGCAGAGCGUCCGGGAGCUCACGAUACUCGAGUACGAGAAGAACCUCGCCAAGUACCAAGACCCAUACUCCAUGGAGCAAGCCGAGUGGCGUUACAACGCGUACAAGCGCUCGCUCGUCGACGCCUACAGGCAGAGGCUGUUGGAAGUCGAGCGUCUCUGCAACGAGGAGCUGGAGAAGAUACGCGAGAGCGCGGGCUACCUGCAGUCCUUCAAGGAGAUCGCGUCGCAGUGGUCGCUGGAUGAGAACGAUCGCGGCGACUCGAGCCGCAAAUGCAGCGAGCAAGCCGACGCCGAGCAGUCGAAGAUCCUUGAGACGAGCUUCGACAGGAGCAACUGGUGUCCCAGACUCGGUACGGUCGGCAACGAGGUCGAUAUGUCCGCGGGGAUCUUGUCCGCUUGCUUGAGACGAGAGGACACCACUUAAUCGCACGAUCGCUUUUGUUACGCGAUAUUAUUAUAUUAUCGAAUCCGAAACAAUUCGAUCGCUGUAUCUCUCUCGGUGGUUGUUAUGAUUUUUGCUUGGGCGCGUCGGUCGAGCUGCAAUAUAUAUUACGAUUUUUUAUUUUGCAUUCCUCGUGCACAAAUCAAACAGGUGCUCCUCUCUCUCUCUCUUCGUGGUCGGAUAAGCCAGUAGUCGGAUCUCGCCUCGCGACGGCAAUUACACCCAAUUAAGCCCAAUUCUCCGUGAAUCUCGCACAUGCGCCAGAGAAGCGAAUAUUCUCGAACCGUGACUUUGUCAUCUUUACUCGACAGUAUACAUGAAGAGGGGGGUCACUAUACUUGUCUCUCGUGUAAGCGCGAGUGAGACGAAUUUCAAUCGAGCCGAGUCGUUGGUAAAUUGUGUUUUAUUUACGCGAUACACAAGCUGUCGUGGAAUAUAUUUAUAUGACAAAUAAAAAAGCUUAUCUUUGAGCAUUAUUAAGAGUAUAGAACACAAAAGUUUUUUUUUUCUAUUUUAUUUAUUUAUCAAACAAAUAAAUAGGAAAACUUUUGAUCU